AUGAGCUGGAGUUUUCUGACACGGCUCCUGGAGGAGAUCAACAACCACUCGACCUUCGUGGGCAAGAUCUGGCUCACUGUCCUCAUUGUCUUCCGCAUCGUGCUGACAGCUGUGGGGGGCGAAUCCAUCUACUAUGAUGAGCAGAGCAAGUUUGUUUGUAACACGCAACAGCCUGGCUGUGAAAAUGUCUGCUACGAUGCCUUCGCCCCGCUCUCGCAUGUCCGCUUCUGGGUCUUCCAGAUCAUCACGGUGGCCAUGCCAUCUGUCCUCUACCUGGGCUUCGCCAUGCACCGCAUCGCCCGCAUGCCUGAGUCCUUGCGGCGCCGGGCACCGGGAGCCCAGCGGGCACGCAUGCCGGUGGUACGCCGAGGAGCCGGGCGGGACUACGAAGAGGCAGAGGAUGAUAACGAAGAAGACCCCAUGAUCUUUGAAGAGAUUGAGGUGGAGAAGGAGAAGAGCCCGGAGGGCGGAGAGAAGCACGACGGCCGGCGCCGCAUCAAGCAGGACGGGCUGAUGCGUGCUUACGUGCUGCACUUGCUGUGCCGCUCGCUGCUGGAGAUGGCUUUCCUCUUCGGGCAGUACUGGCUGUAUCACUUUGAGGUGAGCCCCUCCUAUGUCUGCAGUCGCAGCCCCUGCCCACACACCGUCGACUGCUUUGUCUCCCGCCCCACAGAGAAGACCAUCUUCCUCCUCGUCAUGUACGCUGUCAGUGGGCUCUGCCUCUUCCUCAACGUCUGCGAGCUCUUGCAUCUCGGCGUGGGACGCAUCCGCGAUGCCCUGAGCCGGACCAACAGCUCCCCACUCCCGGCGAGCAGCAGCCCCUCACCGCAGUACCCCAAGAAAGCCCCCAGUGCACCCCCUACCUACCACUCACUGAAGAAGGAGCCACUGCGAGCCCCCCUGCCCGAUGCCAAGCUGGACUACCAGGAGAGCCUCGCACAGGCAGCAGGGCGCUUUACCCUGGCCGGGGCUCCCCCAGCACACGAGCUGGCCCGGCUGCGUGAGCACCUGCGCCUGGCCCAGGAGCACCUGGAGGUGGCCUUCCACCUCCAGCCCCCCCUCCAGUCCCUCAGCCCUGCCCGCAGCAGCAGCCCUGAGGCCAAUGGCAUUGCCGCCGAGCAGAACCGCCUCAACCUUGCCCACGAGAAGGGGACCUCUGCCUGUGACAGGACCACAGGGCUGUGA